AGGUACAAGAAAUCCGGAUCCGGGAUCCUCUGCAACCCCCCCAGCUCGUGGAAGCGCACAGGCCGGCUCCCGCGCGCCGCCGAAUUUCGAGCUGGGGGCUGAGACCUGCAGAUCACUGCGGCUGGCAGCAGGGGACAGAUUCUUUCUAGCUUGGUUCUCUCCAGCCCAGAGAAGACUGGAGAUGUUCGCGGAGCCGGGCGGUUGUCUGCGGAGCAUUGGUGCAGCCUUGCCUGCUGCCCGGGAGGUUUGGCUGCCGCAGUCCUCUCCAUUCACUGGGCUGUAAAUCGAAGCUGUCUGCGCCGGCCAGGCACUCAUCCCAGCGUGGCCCCGGGGCUACGUCCCGCCCAAGUCUCCCGGCACCUGAUUUCCCAGUGGUCAAUUAGGUGGCUCAGCCUGCAGCAUUGAAGCAGUGGUGGGGCCAAUGCCCCUGCUUUGGUGGAGCGCGCCGUGCGCAGAGACCUCCCCAGUCGACUUCCUCAUCAGAAGGCAGCAUCCAUUCAUAAUUCUCUCUCUGCUUCUGGACCGAGUUAGACUGGAGCUGGGUAUGGAUUCCUGUGAUCUCUCUUGCAUCUGAAGGAGAAACUAAGAUAAAAGAAAAAAGGAAGGGGGCGAUGCGGUUGUAACGCACCAAGGCGCUGGAAACAUCCCCCCACGCCCCCGAGAGAGGCCUCUCCUUUGCGGGAAGAGGGAGAAGAGGCAGAUCCCCAGCCCAGCGCCCCAGCCAGCUGCUGCUUCGCUGCGGAGCCGGCACGCAUGCCUACCUCACCUGACGGCCGCAUUCCCGGGGAGCCGGCACGGGGCCCGGCGGCGCGCCCAGGGCGCACGGGCGGUAGGAUUUCUGCACCUGGCGAAAGAUGCACGGGCGGCUUGCCCAGGGCCGAGCCCGAGCCUGAAAGGACACCCGGGGAAGCUAACCUCGGCGCGGCACCCCACCGCAACCCCCCGGGAUGCUCCACGUCUCGCAGCCCAGGCCAUGCGGCUGUCUCCAACUUGGACAUUGAGAGUAAGCUGAGUGUAUACUACCGUGCACCAUGGCACCAACAGCGAAACAUCUUCCUCCCAGCUACCAGGCCGCCCUGUGUGGAGGAGUUGCACCGCCAUGCCAGACAGAGUCUGCAAGCUUUGCGCAGAGAACACCGGAGCCGAAGUGAUCGCAGAGAGCAAAGAGCUGCUGCUCCCCUCUCCAUAGCUGCUCCACCACUGCCAGCCUACCCUCCAGCUCACAGCCAGAGGAGGCGCGAGGCCAAGGACCGUCACUUCCUAACGUUUAACAGCACCCGUUCGCCCUCCCCCACUGAAUGUUGCCACAUGGCCCCGUGGAGUAGAAAGUCCCACUCUCCAGAAGAUGAAGACACAGAUGUCAUGUUAGGGCAAAGGCCGAAAAACCCGAUCCACAAUGUCCCCUCUACACUGGAUAAGCAGACCAACUGGAGCAAAGCACUACCUCUCCCGACUCCCGAGGAGAAGAUGAAACAAGAUGCCCAAGUGAUUUCUUCUUGCAUUAUUCCCAUCAAUGUCACUGGAGUUGGUUUUGACAGAGAAGCAAGUAUACGCUGUUCUCUUGUUCAUUCACAAUCUGUACUACAGCGGCGACGAAAAUUGAGGAGAAGGAAAACAAUCUCGGGGAUUCCCAGAAGAGUUCAGCAAGAAAUAGAUUCUGAUGAAUCACCAGUGGCCAGGGAAAGGAAUGUGAUUGUGCACACAAACCCAGACCCCUCCAACACUGUCAAUAGGAGGUCUGGAACCAGGGACUCUGAAUGUCAAACUGAGGAUAUUCUGAUCGCUGCCCCAUCCAGAAGAAGAAUCAGAGCUCAAAGGGGUCAAAGCAUUGCGGCUUCACUUUCUCAUUCCGCUGGCAACAUCUCUGCACUGGCAGACAAAGGCGAUACCAUGUUUACUCCUGUAGUGAGCAGCCGCACAAGAUCUCGGAGCCUUCCUCGGGAGGGAAAUAGAGGUGGAGAUGCUGAACCCAAAGUUGGUGCUAAACCCUCAGCAUAUGAAGAAGGAGAGCCUUUCGUGGGUGACCAUGAAAGAACCCCUAAUGAUUGUAGUGAGACUCCGAGCAGCCCACGUGCACAAGAACACCAGCCUGCUUUGGGCUUGGCCUGCUCUCAACAUCUUCACAGCCCCCAGCACAAGCUAAGUGAGAGAGGGAGGUCUCGUCUGUCUCGAAUGGCAGCUGACUCUGGAAGCUGUGACAUCUCCUCCAACUCAGACACCUUUGGAAGCCCCAUCCAUUGCAUUUCCACGGCUAGUGUCCUCCUUAGCAGCCACAUGGACCAGAAAGAUGAGCAUCAAUCAUCCAGUGGUAAUUGGAGUGGAAGCAGCUCCACAUGCCCCUCACAGACCUCGGAGACAAUCCCUCCUGCAGCUUCUCCUCCCCUCACUGGCUCUUCUCACUGUGAUUCAGAAUUGUCACUGAACACUGCUCCGAAUGCUAAUGAAGACACCAGUGUCUUUGUGACGGAACAAUACAAUGACCACUUGGAUAAAAUAAGAGGCCACCGGACAAACUCCUUUACCUCCACUGUUGCUGAUCUGCUGGAUGACCCCAACAGCAAUACAAGUGACAGUGAGUGGAACUAUCUGCACCACCAUCAUGAUGCAUCCUGCCGCCAAGAUUUUAGUCCUGAGCGUCCAAAGGCAGAUAGCCUUGGCUGCCCAAGCUUUACAAGCAUGGGCACCUAUGACAGCUUUCUGGAAAAGUCUCCUUCAGACAAAGCAGAUACUAGCUCUCAUUUCUCAGUGGAUACAGAAGGAUACUAUACCUCAAUGCACUUUGACUGUGGUCUUAAGGGUAAUAAGAGCUAUGUCUGUCACUAUGCAGGCCUGGGCCCAGAGAAUGGUCAAGGUGUAGGGGUCCCUCCAGGUCUUCCAGACUGUGCCUGGCAAGAAUACUUAGACCACAGGAGGCAAGGGAGACCAAGCAUCUCUUUCAGGAAACCAAAGGCAAAGCCAACUCCACCUAAACGUAGCUCAUCAUUGAGAAAAUCUGAGGGAAAUACAGACAUUUCUGAGAAGAAAGAACCAAAGAUAAGCAGUGGUCAGCAUCUGCCUCACAGUUCCAGGGAAAUGAAGCUGCCUCUUGAUUUCUCCAACACGCCUUCUCUAGUGGAAAAUGCCAACUUGCCUGCAAAGCAGGACACUUCUUGGAUAAACCAGAGUGAACAUGCUAUUAAAGAACCUCAGUUGGAUACUACAGACAUUUCACCAUUCAAAGAUGAAGGUGCUGAAUCAACUCACUAUGCAGACCUCUGGCUUCUAAAUGACUUGAAAACAAAUGAUCCUUACAGAUCCUUAUCUAAUUCAAGCACUGCUACGGGUACCACAGUGAUCGAAUGCAUCAAAUCUCCAGAGAGUUCUGAAUCCCAAACAUCCCAAUCAGAAUCAAGGGCAACCACCCCAUCUCUUCCUUCGGUUGACAAUGAAUUUAAACUGGCUUCACCAGAAAAGCUGGCUGGCUUAGCAUCUCCAUCAAGUGGCUACUCCAGCCAGUCGGAAACGCCAACCUCCUCUUUCCCUACAGCUUUCUUUUCAGGUCCAUUGUCUCCUGGGGGUAGCAAAAGAAAACCUAAAGUCCCAGAAAGGAAAUCCUCACUACAGCAACCAUCUUUAAAAGAUGGAGCCCUAUCAUUGAGCAAAGAUUUUGAACUUCCAAUUAUACCUCCUACUCAUCUUGACCUAAGUGCUCUUCAUAAUGUUUUGAAUAAACCAUUCCACCACCGCCACCCACUGCAUGUUCUUACUCAUAAGCAAAACACAGUAGGAGAUAUGCUGAGGUCAAAUCCUCCACCGUCUCUUGCAAUUACACCAACAGUCCUGAAAUCCGUCAACCUGAGGUCCAUCAGUAAGUCUGACGAAGUUAAGCAAAAGGAGGGCACUAAUACAGAUCUGCCCUAUGGAGAAGAGAGUGCAGUUCCUGUGGCUUCCGUGGCUUCCUCAUCUCCAGGUAAGACAAGGCCACACACAGCAAAGAAGUCACUAUCACGCCAGUACUCUGCUGAAGACACCCUCCUGCCCUUUUUGGAUUCCUCAGCAGUUGAGAUGGGACCUGAAAAACAUUUGGAGAAGAACCCUACUUUUGAUGGGAAGAGUCACUGCGAUCCAGAAACUGGAACCUCAGCUAGUAGCAAUCUUGCAGAUGCAAAGGUGAUGAAAGACCAAAUACAGAUGGAAAGUGAACUAACCCCAGAAAACAUACCAAGUAAGAACUGUGGAUUUUUAACAGGAUUUCAGAGGGUCUCUGCUGCCCGCCCCAGUGAUUUGGGUAGUAAAAUGAUACAGUAUGGAGCUAGCCCAGAUGGAGCCCUACAAGGACAGAAGACACCCUCUGGAGUUGGGGAAGAAGGUGAGAAACUGCAAUCUGUGGAUGGACUCACACUUCAAGCCAACUCACCAAGUAGAGUAACAGACAUAAACAGUCAACAUAAGCAUCAACGUGUUGUGAGCCGCCACCAUGACAAAGUGCCUGUGACUCUCCACCAUGAAUCAGAGACGUCAACUGUAAAUUCAUUCCCAGAAAAAUGUUCUGAGCAGGAAAAUAUUGCUUCAGGUAUUUCACCCAAAAGUGCCUCUGAUAACAGCAGAGCAGAGGAGACCCAAGGAAGUAUGGAUGAGACUUCAUUGAAAGAAUCAUCACCAAGUGAUGACUCCAUCACUUCACCACUCAGUGAAGACUCUCAAGCUGAAGCUGAGGGUGUGUUUGUGUCUCCAAACAAACCUCGGACAACUGAGGAUCUGUUUGCUGUCAUUCACAGAUCCAAGAGGAAAGUACUUGGAAGGAAAGAUUCUGGGGACAUGUCUGUUAGAAGCAAAUCAAGAGUUCCCCUAGGCAGCAGUAGCAGCAGUGCCAAUUCUGUCACUUCACCCAGCAGCAAUGUGUCAACUGGGACUAGCCAGAGGUCUCCUGGUCUCAUCUACCGAAAUGCCAAAAAGUCCAACACAUCUAAUGAAGAGUUUAAGCUACUGCUCCUCAAGAAAGGCAGUCGCUCGGAUUCUAGUUACCGCAUGUCUGCUACCGAAAUCCUGAAAAGCCCUGUCCUGCCCAAGCCUCCUGGGGAGUUCACUUCAGAGUCCCCACAGAGCCCUGAUGAUACCCACCAGGGCACACCUGGGGCUGAAGCACUGUCCCCUCUGUCACCAUGCUCUCCAAGAGUCAAUGCAGAAGGGUUUUCCUCAAAAAGCUUUGCCACCUCAGCAUCUGCACGGGUUGGACGGUCCCGGGCCCCGCCUGUGGCCAGCAGCAGCCGCUACAGUGUCCGCUGCCGACUGUACAACACCCCGAUGCAGGCCAUCUCCGAGGGAGAGACUGAAAACUCUGAUGGGAGCCCACAUGAUGACCGGUCCUCUCAGAGCUCCACAUAGUCUGCCUGAGCCAAGCUGACCUCAGAUGCCCAGCCUCUUACUAAAUGAAAGGAUUUUGUGACACCAUAGAGGACCUGGGAGAAAUGACAACAGGGUGGGGGUUGCAUCGUUGCUUGGCAAUGAGCUUCUAAAUAUGUGCUGAAGAACAGAAAGUGGUUGUCAUUUUUUAUUAGUUUUCAUGUUUUAAGUAGCAAUUCUGUCUCUCGUGGGUUUCUUUAGCAUAGUUUGAUUUGUCCGAUCUCAUUCCUAAUGAUAAUAGAGAAUACAAAAGUAUCUAACUUUCUUGAAACCUAGACAAGGUUUUCCCAGAGCUGCCUAUUCCGAAAAUAAAACCCUCACUGUCAUGAUACUAUAAGAAGAUGAAAUUACUCUGGAGGUUUGGUAUUUUUUUACAUUAAGAUUAACUAAAGCAAAAUUUAGAAGAAAGAACUACACAUAUGUAAAUACCAUAUUUUUGAUAAAAAUGUGUAAAUAGAUUUAUCAAUGAUGAGUGGACAAGUGGCCAAUUAUCUACCACACACCAACUAUUUAUAGGACACACAAAAUAAACUAUAAUAACUGUAUUCUGUGAAUACCAUUUUCAUAUCAAAUACCAUAUUUAAAUGUCCACCAACAUGAUUUCUGAGUGAUAAACCUCAAAUAUGAUUUUAAAAUUGAUGAGAUAAUGGAAAUAUUGAGGUCAUGUACUGAAAUGUGAUUAAUUUAAAGUAAUGAAUUCAGACCUAAUCAUUGUUGUGACAAAUUAUAGCAGAAACAAGCUAAUUUGUGGCUGUGAUUUGCCAUGUGGCAAUUUGAACAGAAUGAAAAGCAUGCUUUUGAUUUUUUUUUUUAACCAACGAAAGAAAUCAUCAUUCUCAAUGCAAAAUUCCCUCUCCCCAAUAGCAUUAAGCAGUGUCCUUUAGAAUUUAAUUUUUCAAUGGAUUGCUUUAAGGAGAAUGAAUAGAGAAACCAGUAGUUAAUUUUAGGUCACAUUUUAUAUAAGGCUACUGGGAACAAACAGUCAUAAGCCAAUGACUAUACUCUUGAAGCUUCUUAAUUAGCUCCAGGUUCUUAAAGUAACAGAAAUAAAGCCUAAGCAUGCCACAGAGCUAUUGACUUCUCAGCAAGUAGCUGUGAUGAGUUUUCAGCGAAACUUUCUAUCUGCGCUGAUAAGAUUCAUGCUACCUAAAACUUACCAGAAAUGACACUGUGAACAAUGUAGUUGGGAAAUAGGUAUGUGUAUAUGCAUUAUUUAUAUUCACUCUUCAACUCGGCAUGGGGAGCAGCUCUGGUUCACAAUGCUACAUACAACAAAUUUUUGUCUGGUUUUACUAGAUCUGCUUGAUGGCAAAAGGGGAGGGAGGUGGGUGGGAAAGGAGAUGUCGGAGCAAGUGCUCUGACAAAAUGAAGGCAGGGAGACAAGCUGAAUUACUUGAAGUUACUUGAAGUUUCUUGUCUUAAAACUGAAAAAAAAAAGCAUAGUAACAAGUUGAAAUCUGCAAGUGGUUCUCACACCUCUGAUUUUAACAUGAACUGAUACUAAUGUUUGAAAUCAUAUGUCAGAAAUAUAAGCACCUAUGUACUUAGAAUAGGUUUUGAAGGGGAGCAGUAGAUAUUAGAAAGAUCUAAGAAGAGGAUGAUCUGUGAAAGACUAGAAUGUGAUGACAAUGAUUGAACACACCAGGGUUGCCAAGAAAUUGAUAAGCAGCUGGCUUUAUGCCUAUGCAAAUGGUAUUUCAGAAAGUAAGAUGUGCGAAAGGAUUAAAUCAUGCAAAAUGAAGGAGAAAGUCUGGUCUAAGAAGACACUAUCUUUUGAUAGUAAUUCGUUACAAUAUUUACAGAUUAAGAAUUAAAGAAUCUGUUGUUGGUGUUUUGUUUGUUUUGGGGAAAAACGUCUGGCUUCUUCUACCAUUUGUUUUACUACCAAAUUGUAUUAGUUAAUUUCUUGUCAUUGUAUGUAAAUUGGGUGUUGGGGGUGGAGGGGUAGAGGAGGAGAUUGAGAACUAGGAGAAAGAGUGAGAGAGAGUGAGUGAGAGAGAGUGAGCGCAAGUGUGUGUUGGGGAUAGAUAAACUACCUGGUAAAGGGUUUGAACAUAUACAAAGUGUUAUGAUUUUAUUAAAGGAAAAAUGUUGGGGUUUGAAAAAAAUGGACCAUCAUCUCUCAUUGGAACACAUAACUCAUUAAAAAAAAAACAAAAAUGAAAAAAAAA